CAGCGCUAAAACGUAUAUUUUAGAAAUGGUGCUGGUGGUCACACCAUGAAAUUCGGAAAACAAUUUCUUCGAUAAUAAAUGAAUUUAUAGUAUUAUUUGUUUGUGUGAUGUCAGUUCAUGUGAAAUGCGUAUCUGCAUGGUAUCCGACUUUUUCUACCCCAGUAUUGGAGGCGUCGAAGAGCAUGUCUACAACUUGUCACAAAUGCUGCUCGCUUUGGGUCAUAAGGUCGUUGUGCUAACCCAUGCCUAUGGUGACUGUAGUGGCGUUCGUUACGUGACCCACGGCCUUAAGGUGUACUACCUGCCCAUCAAGGUAUGCUACAAUCAAUGCAUCCUCCCCACCGCAGUCUGCAAUGUGCCCAUGCUGCGUGCGGUGCUGUUGAGGGAGCAAGUGGACGUGGUUCAUGGUCACUCUGCAUUUAGUGCCUUGGCGCAUGAGGCUUUAAUGGUUGGCUCGCUGCUCGGUCUCAAGACUGUAUUCACGGAUCAUAGUCUGUUUGGCUUUGCGGAUCUGUCGGCGGCGCUAACCAACAAGCUGCUGGAGAUCAAUCUGAGCAUGGUCAACCAUGCUAUCUGCGUUUCCCAUAUUGGCAAGGAGAACACGGUGCUACGUGCUCGGGUUGCCAAGCAUCGCGUCUCGGUAAUUCCUAAUGCGGUGGACACCGCACUCUUUACGCCAGAUCCUAAUCGACGGCCUGACAAUGGUGUCAUCAAUAUUGUGGUCGCAUCGCGUCUUGUCUAUCGAAAGGGCAUUGAUCUGUUGGCGGGAGUGAUUCCCAGGUUCAAAAAGACGCCCAAUGUCAACUUUAUUAUCGUAGGCGAUGGUCCCAAGCGGGAUCUACUCGAGGAGAUCCGGGAAAAGACCAAUAUGCAGGAUCGUGUCGAGAUUCUCGGUGCAGUGGAGCAUGCCCAGGUGCGUGAGGUACUAGUGCGCGGCCACAUCUUUGUAAACACAUCGCUGACUGAAGCAUAUUGCAUGGCCAUUGUCGAAGCAGCUUCCUGUGGCCUGCAGGUGGUCUCCACCAGUGUGGGCGGUAUUCCCGAGGUGCUUCCCAAUAGUCUAAUCCUGCUUACGGAGCCCGACAUUGAGGCCAUUUACUCGGCCAUAUUGGUGGCCAUCGAGAGGCUUCGCAAUAUCGCAACAACAACAUCGCCAUCUGCAGCGUCUUCCAAUGGGCACAUUCCUCCAAAGACUGAGACAAAUUGUCGCUCCAAGCGAGCAAAGCGUCGCAAGAAACAAGGAAAUGAUGUGCCUUUCAUGCCUGCUACUGUCCAAAUGGCUGCAAUCGCUCCUGGCUUUGAUAGUGAGAAUAAGACAGAACCAGUGCUGUGCCCAUAUCGAUGUAACGAAUUAGUGGAAACGCUUUACAACUGGGAAGAUGUCGCCCAGCGCACGGCUAAAGUAUAUGAGAGGGUGAUGAAGGAGCGAGCAUUUACGUUAAGUGAACUAAUCUAUGCGGUGUAUCAAUGUGGUGCCUGGUUUCUAGCCUUCCUCGUGGUGGGCCAUUUCAUGCUACGCUUACUCGAGUAUUGGCGGCCUCGCAGUCGCAUCGAAGUUGCGUUUGAGCCGCGGUCGCAAAAGGGCUUAUGAAAUAGAUGUUUCGUUGUUAAUGACAUUGCCAUAGGUCAACAAUUUUGUGAAUUAGUCAAAUACUAGUAUUUUCUCUUUUUGCUCAACUAA